AUGGCAGAACCCAUAGGAGUCGCCUCUGGCGCUGUGACGUUUGCUUCACUCGCAUUCAAGUCUAGUAUUGCUCUCUACAACGCCAUACAGGGCUAUCGGAAACAUACCAGCAAAGUGCAAAGUCUCUUGGACGAGCUCAAGGCAUUGAGCGAAGUUUUACGCCUACUUACAGAAACGAUCGAUGAAUACCCUGAUAUCGACUUCUCUGCCCUCGAAUUGCCUUUGCAACAAUGCGAUGAAGGCUGCAAAGCUUUCAAAGAGGAGCUACUGAAAUGUUCUUCGCGGUCUACGGGCGACCGUACCAGCUUCCGCGACUGGGCAAAGUUACAAUACCUGGGCGAUGGCAUCGGCGAAUUUACACAGAUAAUUGCCAACUAUAAGUCAACAAUUAAUAUCGCCCUUGCUGAGGCCCAAAUUCGCCAAUCUGCAACUACCGCCGAGCAACUAGAAAAGUGUCAAGCUAUGAUCCAAACAACAACAGCCGAUCUUGAAGAGCGCCUUGACACCAUUGACAGCAAGCUUGCGGCCGUCCUGGAGCGUAACGUAAACCAGGAUGACCCAGACGCAAAGGAGUUGCAAAGAAUAAGGGCGGAGAGGGCGAGUACACAACAGUGUCUCGAUAUUUGUACGCAGUUAGCCAAGCACAUCGACCGGAUCCAGCGCCAGAGACCCGCGAGUCCUAGCACUCCCGUUGGGGCUGGGACUUAUCCUAACCGCGUCACUGAUGAGGGCUUAGAGGCGUGCAAGAAACGCCUCACCCAGACAGUCGCGGAAUUGGAAGAGCAUAUGCACAAGUUGAUGCAUCAGCUUAUGGAUAAGUCUACGGCGAAGAUGAUCAAUAAGGAUGAACUGGAAGAGUUUGCCAAGCUUCAAAAGGAGGCGGCCACCGCACGUCAAUGUCUCGAUAUAUGUUUCCGCGCAGAGAGCCAUGUAAAGGAGAAUAUCAGCAUCAUCGACAAUUACUCGACAGGCGAUGAUACCAUUCAAUGGUUGGUGUCGACAAAUGGCAAGACCAUCCACGGCAAGAAUAGAGGCUACGGCGCGUUGAUCAGACAAGUAGGUGGCCACCUCAACGAUGUCUCGGUUCAGCAAAUCUCAAAGGAUUUUUUGAGUCUCCAUAACGGCGGGAGGAGAAGGGAUCCCCGAGAAGACGAUGAGGAUCCAUCUUCUGAUGAAAGGGCGGGAAACGAAUCCAGCUAUGAAUUUAUGGACCGCUACGGGCGAGGAAAAAGGCUGUAG